AUGACUGAUCGAUUGAAAUUCGACUUAGUUUCGGAUCGAGCAUCAGCUUCAUCGUCUAAAUCUCGACGCUCGUAUUCUCAACGAAAUGUUUCUUCACUACAACAGGAAUUAACAAAAAACCGUAAAAUGAUCAAUGUUAAAACGUCGACUACGACAACUUUUAGUCGAACCAUGAGUUUUAAACCAUUACCAGUGACAAGUCCAUCAUUAGCAAAUGUAGAAAAUACACCUGUGAAAAUAAUUCCAAUAAAAAAGCUUUCGUUUGAUAUCGAUGCUUCAAAUACGGCGUUAUCAUCACAAGCAAUAAAGGAAGAAAAUGAAUUCGUAGAAGAAACUCCAGUCAAAGAAGAAGACGAGACAAGUGAUAUGUUGCCAGCAGAUAUAAUGGCACGUGAAAUUCAACGACUUUCUCUACGUCUUCGCUCUACAACUCCUUUAUACAAUGUUCCCGUUCUCGAUAAUCAAUCAAAUAAACCAACUACUCUUCAUCUUUCUCAAGUAGUCAAUCGUGUAUCUCGCUGUAAUUAUGUUUUAAGACGUUUUGUACGAGAAGCACAAAAGUAUUCACCUAAAUCAAAUGAAAUACUAUCAUCAUCUCAACCAAUUUUAUCGAAACCUUUUUCAUCAUCACAGUCACAUGAAAAGGGUCGACGUCGUCUAUUUAUUGAUUCUCCUAAACAGAAAACAUCUAAUACAAUAUCUGAAGAUGAACAACAACCACCAAUAACACCACGAAAGGCUAGUGGCGUUAUAAAACAGUUGUUUUCAUCACCAUCAUCAUCACUCAAACGAACUCUACCUUCACCUAAUCAUAGUUCAACCAGUACUGAUAAACGACCAAGACUUUUCUAA